CUACCAUCGACCAUGAUGGGUGUUCUAAAGCUUUCGCACAUUUUCCUACCAUCAUUCUUUUUGUAAACAACUAAGAAUUUUACACCACCCCUUUUUAGCAUGACCUGAGUCCAAGAUGGCCGAAAACGUAAAAGUGAUCGUGCGAUGUCGCCCCAUGAACAAGAAAGAACAAGACCUGAACUGCGACUGUGUCGUGAAGAUGAAAAACUGCAUGGUCGAAACAUGGGACCCCUCGGAAGGUCCCUCACUCCCCAAACAAUUUACAUUCGACUCAACCUACGACCAAGACUCCACCACCGAAAUGAUCUACAACGACAUUUGCUACCCCCUUGUCGAGAGCGUCCUCGAAGGCUACAACGCCACCAUCUUCGUCUACGGCCAAACCGGCUGCGGGAAAUCCCACACGAUGGAGGGCGAAAAAUCGGGCCCCGAAAAAGGGAUCAUCUCGCGGGCCUUCGAGCACAUCUUCGAGGCCAUUUCAGUCACCACUGGGGUCAAAUAUCUAGCCCUCAUCAGCUACCUCGAGAUUUACAACGAGCAAAUCCGCGAUUUGUUAUUACCGAGUGACAAAAUCGCGAAUAAUGCUCUUAAUUUGAAGGAGAGCCCCACUGAGGGGGUCACUGUCCCGGGAUUGACCUCACACCCUGUGCAUAAUGCCGCCGAAUGUGAGCACUUUUUGAGUCUAGGGUCGAAAAAUCGCAUUAUUGGGGCAACUCUCAUGAAUCAGAACAGUUCAAGGUCACAUAGUAUUUUCACUAUAAGUAUUGAACAAAUCACCAAUGUUAACAACAAUGAGAGUUUCAAGAAGGGGAAGUUGAAUUUGGUCGACUUGGCGGGGUCGGAAAGACAAGCCAAGACGGGGGCUACCGGAGACAGGUUAAAGGAAGCGACCAAAAUAAAUUUGUCCUUGAGUGCCUUAGGUAACGUGAUUUCGGCUCUAGUGGACGGCAAGGCCAAACAUAUACCCUACAGGGAUUCAAAAUUGACGAGAUUGCUACAGGACUCCUUGGGGGGAAACACCCGAACACUGAUGAUCGCCUGCAUCAGCCCCUCCAGUCGCGACUACGUCGAAACUUUAUCAACCCUCAGGUAUGCCAACAGAGCGAAAAACAUUCACAACAAACCCCGAGUUAACGAAGACCCCAAAGACACGAUGUUGAGACAAUAUCAGGAAGAAAUCGAAAGAUUAAAGAGUCUGUUGGGCCAACAAGUGAAGAUUGAAGAAGUGAAGGAGAUUGAAAUUUCUUCGAACUCCGAUUUGGACGCGAAACGCGAUCGUCUGAUCCAGGAGUACCAACAAGAAAUGGAAAAAUUGAAAAACCUCCACGAAAACGAGAAAAACGAAAAAGAAAACGUCCUGAAACAAAUCGAGUCAAUUAAGGAAGAAUACGAGAAAAACAUCGAAAAACUCAACAGUGAGAUUCAGGAAAAGAAGAAGAAAGAGUUGUGUUCGAAGGAAGAAAUCUUGAGUCGGAUUGAAGCGAUGAAGAAUGCGAUGAUUGGCGGAGAAAAGGCCAAUGAUAAAGAGUUGUCGGAAAGAAGAAAGAGGAAGAAAUUGGCGGCGGAGAAACGGGCAAGUGUCAUUGCGCAUCUUCUCGCAAAGAUUGAUAUGAAUGAAGAUAGAGAGAUUCUUCACAAUCAGUAUAAAGAUAUCAGUCAAGAGCUUAAUCUUAAAACUGAAGCUUUGAGAAGAUAUAGGCACAAAGUUAAAGCACUUGAGAAGGAAAUUUCCGACAUUCAGAGCGAGUUUGAGGCAGAAAGGCAAGAUUAUCUUGAAACGAUAAGAAAGCAAGAUCAACAUAUCAAGCUUUUGGCGCAGAUUAGCGACAAAAUUGCCGCUACUUUGAAGAAAGAGUGCAACUACAGCAAUUUGGAGAGCAUCAAAGAGCAAGCGGUAUGGUUGGAGGACGUCCAGAAGUACAAACUCCCCGACUUGAUAACCCCCCGAACCAAACUUCCCCCACCCGGUCGCUUACACGAUAUACAAACAGCUCCAGCCCGAUUACAAGAAUCUCUCGACGACGAUUCGUUCGAUAACGAUUUUUUGGAAAAGAAAUUGGAAAAGUCGGAGAAAGAGGAUAUAAUCGGAAGUUAUUUCGCUCCAACGACGAAACGAGCAGCGGAAUUGUUAAGUCAAUCGUCACGGAUCGAUGCCAAUCGGGUUAUCAGCACGUGGAGGGGAUCAAUGACGUUUGCAGAUUUUGCGCGACGGAACAAGCCGAAAGCGGCCGAAGAACACGACGGGGAGCGUCCCGGGAGACCCCCGAAUUUGAAUUCUAGCUUAAAUAAUUUAUGGGUUAAUGAGGGGACUCCCCGAAAGCCUCUACGUCUGGAAGCAUUGCCAAACAUCGAUAGACAUCGUAGCAGAAACCAAAGACUUAACUCUUUAGAUAUUUUGUAGCGUAAUGUAAAUUAUUUAGAGAAACUGUUGAUUUUACACGAGUUUGAAGUUGUGAUAAAUAUUGUACAUUUUUAAAACAAAUGACCAACCUGUGUGAUACGUUCAAAAUUUUGAAAAUAUUUUAUUAUGUAUUUUUAUGAAAAUAAAAUACAUUGACAAGU